GCUCACCGCGAACAGAAGGAACCGAUCCACCCUACUGCUGGCUACACCUGCCACCUACCGUCGUCCGUGUCGUCCGCCCUGCGUCAUCUCUCAAGACCGUUGUCAGUCGCCUAUCAUCGAGCCACAUCGACCAGCGACAGCACCAACACUUGCUUGCACUUGCGCCCACGCUGCUGCUGCGCUUUGCGCCCAGUACGUGCCCGUGCCUGCCUGCUGCUCUUGUCUGCCUGUCAGACUGCCUGCAUCCUGCAUGUCGUUUGUGAGGCUCGACUGACCACAUUGGCGACUUGUACUUGUACGAGAUCGAAUCUUGUUCCCCCCCCAAUUUCUUUUCCAAUAUCCCAUCGUCUCCUUUGCUCUCUCGAAGUUUAGACCACUUCCGAGAAGACCGCACUGCCCCGCAUCCACAAACACCAGAACUGCCUCGCGCGUCCACCGAUUCCGGGACCGAACCCCGAACCCCCCAGCACGCAGCCUCUCGACCACCCUAGCUCGCCACAUACACCGAAACCUUAUCGAGUGUCACCCUGAUCUCGAAGCCUGACUCAGCAGGAAACGAUUCAGACUCGCAACUCACAUUACAUUGAGCCUCUGGUAUUCCCUGUUUCCUUUGGCACGCCCUUUACAGCGACUUGUCUUACGACCACGCUGUGCACAUCAGCCACCAUUUACCCAUCCAUCCUUGGCAACGCCCGUUGCGACAGGUCCCAGCUGCCUGGAUCCUUCUACCUCACCACGCUGCUUCGCUGUGGUCAGUCAGCAUAGACCGGAGUACGAGACAACAGCCCAGUUGAGGGUUGGUUGAGGCUGCUUCGCUGCCGCGUCCUCUCCAUCAACCAUACGAUCUUGUCAAGUCUUUCUGGGGCCUUAUUCUUUCUCACUCCACUGCCUCGUGGAGGGCAGCGGCAUCCUACCUCCUUGCACGCUGCAACUCGCUACUCUUUGUUGGGCGUCCCUCGGAGAGUGCUGCCACGCCGCGAACCGCCUUCCCGCUGGCCUUCGCAACUGAGGGUUUCUACAGCAGCUGUACCGGCAUCCUGGAAACAUCAUAUACCUGUUGGUAUUCCUAGACGCGUCUGUGUUUGUCUGCUUUGUCCUGUUGUAAAGUGCUCCUGUAAUACAGCCCUGCCCGUCACCCUGGCUCAAGCUGUCUUACACUAGUCACCCACGCAGCUUCAAGGACAACCUGCUCCUGCGUCUUCUUGCAUUUGAAUCCAAGCCAGCUCCGGCAGUUAUUCGCUGCCUCGAAUUACUUUCACCGCCGUAUCUCGCACUGGCCUCUCGUCCGCCGGACACGCAUGCCAUCCUGCCUCACAGGCACACGUAGCGCUGGAACGACUUGUCAGUGCCCGCCGCACACCUGGACUGCGCCAGGUUCAAACAAAUUUUAUAUACCGCACGCCCGGAUCAGCAAACCCGCAACUAGGCAGACCACUUCCCCUGACUAGGCCGGGAUCACGCAAACACUGCAGUCUUCAUUGUUCUCGUUGAGACGCAAGUUGUCGAGACAAGACAAAUACAAGGGCGAACGAAGAAAGUGAAAAGGGAAUUGGUUGGGUUUUGUUCUUAAAUCAGCCCCUGCUCCUCGCUUAAUCAUCCAGUCCCGUCCCCGUCAACCGCCAAUUUUACCUUGGAACCUACCUUGGCCAUUUUUAUUUUUAUUUCUUUUUGGCACCAGCCAAGGCCCCCUGUCGUGCACUCGCCCUCCACUUACAAAUUGGAAAAAAGCGGCCGUCGAUUUUCCCAGCAGACCCAGCAAGCACGGUAGGGACGGAGAGGUCAGAGGGAGAGGGGGGAAAAAAAUCAAAAAAAUGGCGGAGGACACUAAUACCUACGCCCCAAAGUCGCCGGACCUCUCUUCUUUUUAUUCGGCAGCACCCGCCCCGCCCACGCCUCCACUGCACAAUCUGCAGCACAACCAGCAACACCUGAACAAGCUGCAAACCGCUGCACCGCCGGUAUAUGAAUACUCCUCCCCCUCGCCGCGCGCCUACCAUCCUCACCAGUCGUCUUCAACUCCUGUACACAUCAAACAGGAACAGCCGCCCCACUACCCGCCUUCAGUGGCAAUCAAGUCCGAAUCAGUCUUCUCUUCCUAUCAGCCACAAACGCAAACACACCACCGCCACCAACACCAGCAGCACCAACAGCACGCGCACCAACCGCAGUACCUGUCUCCUCGGUACCAGCAUUCGCCGCCACAACAGCACCAGCAACACCCGUCUCCGCAACACCCACCGCAAAGUGCAUAUGGGAUCCAGCCCGCCGUCAAGCAUCAAGAACAAUAUCAACCGCCACCACUGCAAAGCCAGGGGUUUCUAGACCUGAAAACCUACGCUGGACCAACUCAACUGUACGACAUCCCGUACAACCCAGACUCGCAACACCUGCCACAAACACCGGGUUCAGCAACAAUGCCCCCCAGAAAGAACACACAGCCGGCUCCAUCGCCGCCCCCAAUUGAUCCCUCGCCAGUCCGCACUAAGUUCCCUACAGCCAGGAUAAAGCGCAUCAUGCAGGCCGACGAGGAGGUUGGUAAGGUCGCCCAGCAGACCCCCAUUGCCGUCGGCAAGGCUCUGGAGAUGUUCAUGAUCGCCGUCGUCAGCCGCAGCGCGGAAAUCGCCCGGGAGAAGAACUCGAAGCGAGUCACGGCUCAGAUGCUCAAGCAAGUCAUUGAGACAGACGGCCAGUAUGACUUCUUGGCCGACAUUGCUGCCAAGGUUGGCGAUGAAGAGAAGCGGGGCAGCCGCUCCAAGGCCGAGUCGGAGAGUGAGGAAGAAAUGGAAGUCGAGACCAAGAAGAAGGGCAAGGGGGGCCGCAAGAAGAAGGUUGCGUGAGCUCGCAUAUCCCGCCCAGGGCUGGGACUUCUUCAGUGAUGAGAAAUACGAUUAGGGUUAUGAGGAUUGGCGUUGGACUGGCUAGCAUCUACAUCGGCGUUGGGUGACAUGACGGAGGAAAACUCGUCUACAUGUCACUUGGGAGGGACACAUGGUAAAGGGCACGGCAUGGCACGAGAGGAACCAAGCGCUGCUUCCUCGACUUGCAUACCGUGGACGGCUUGUCUUACUUGUAUGCACAUUGAGCCUGUCGUUGGACUUGCAUUCAUACCGAUUUUUAUUUUUUUAGAAUGAGAACACUUUUUAUUUUUUCCA